UGGGGUUUUUAAAGGCCCCCCCUACCCCGGCUACCCCUUCCUGAUGCUCCCUGAGCUGGGCACCCCAUACCUCUCCAAUGGAGCUCUGUCCCCUGGCGGCGCCCGCACCUACCUGCAGAUGAAGUGGCCGCUGUUGGAUGUGCCGGCUGGGGCCACGCUGAAGGACAGCCGCUCACCAUCACCCGCACACCUGUCCAACAAGGUCCCCGUGGUGCAGCACGCACCCCACAUGCACCCACUGACGCCGCUCAUCACCUACAGCAAUGACCACUUCUCGCCCGGCUCGCCGCCCGCACACCUCUCACCUGACAUCGACCCCAAAACGGGGAUCCCGCGCCCUCCGCACCCUCCCGAGCUGCCCCCCUACUACCCGCUGUCUCCAGGAGCCGUGGGUCAGAUCCCACACCCGCUAGGCUGGCUCAUGCCACAGCAAGGACAGCCCAUGUACUCCAUCCCCCCUGGCGGCUUUCGGCACCCCUACCCUGCCCUCGCCAUGAACGCCUCCAUGUCCAGCCUGAUGUCCAGCCGCUUCUCCCCACACAUGGUCCCACCACCCACCCACGGGCUGCACCCCUCGGGCAUCCCACACCCCACCAUUGUUUCACCCAUCGUGAAGCAGGAGCCAGCCCAGCCCAGCGCCAGCCCCGGCAGCAGCUCGAAAUCCCCUGUCACAGUGAAGAAGGAGGAGGAGAAGAAGCCCCACAUCAAGAAGCCGCUCAAUGCCUUCAUGCUGUACAUGAAGGAGAUGAGGGCCAAGGUGGUGGCCGAGUUGCACGCUGAAGGAGAGCGCGGCCAUCAACCAGAUCCUGGGCCGGCGGUGGCACUCGCUGUCGCGGGAGGAGCAGGCCAAGUACUACGAGCUGGCACGGAAGGAGCGGCAGCUGCAUUCACAGCUCUACCCCACGUGGUCAGCCCGCGACAACUACGGCAAGAAAAAGAAGAGGAAGCGAGAGAAGCUGGCCCAGCAGCAAAGCCACGAGGCAGACAGUGAGUACCUGGGUGGGAAGGGGCGGCCACCGC